AUGGAAGGUACACUUAAUGACUAUAUGUCUAAGCUAUCAGUUAACUAGACCUCUUCAGCACCUAUGCACUGUUCAUAUGAGGAUGCUACCCCAGAUUAUGUCAAGGCCCUAACAAAUCCUACCGAUCAAUUCCUGUGCAAGAUCUCAGAUAACUGGCCUAAUCUUAAGUUUGGCGGCUUCAAAAUUAGAGAUAUGGUCUCAUAAAUAACCUUAGUGGAAGUCCAAGACGACGAAGUUGAUAACGAAAACUUAUAGGACUCAGAUGACCCCAAGACAAGAGUCAUUAAGUAUCAUCUUGGCCCAGACUUCCUCAGACUUCAAACUGUCGGUCUCACUCUUAACUUCAGUAAUGGUGAAAAGCCCAUCAAUAACAUGCUAAUGGUUGAAAGACAUUAUUUUAGAGGUAAAGUUAUUAGAUCCUACGAGUUUAAAUUCGGUUUCGUUAUUCCAAACAGUACUAACUCCUGGGAAUUUAUCUAUGAUUUACCCUAGUUAGAUGAUUAAGUCAAAACAGAAAUCGUUACUGCCCCUUGGGAGGUCAAGAGCGACAGCUUCUUCUUCGCAGAUGGAAAGUUGAUUAUUCACAACAGAGCUGAGUACAAUUAUGCACCCCUAGAAGACGAAUGA